CGAAUGCUUUUUUUCUGAAAUCAAAGCAAGAAGCAACAUUGCCAUUACAAGGAUCCUCAUCGUCUACACAUUUUGAACAUCCGGCAUCAUGGAAAUAAAUCAGGAGCAGUUACCCUCUUCUUCCUCUAUUCUUCAUCCCACUUCCACUUCUUCUUCUUCUUCUCCUUCCCCUUCUCCUUCUCCUGCAUCACCAAAACCAGAACGAGUCUUUGAUGCACGACAGAGACGGAUUAAUGAAAUUCGUCUCAAAUUUUGCAUUCGAGAUGAGUUCCCUAUUACUAAAAACAUGAUCCAUCCUGAUGGUACUCUUAACCAGGAUUAUUUCCGUCCGCCUAGAGGCAGUAAACCUGUUGAAGUGGCCAGGAAAUGGACAGAUAAGGAGCGCGAACUUCUUAUAAAGGGGAUUGAGAAGUAUGGCAUUGGACAUUUCAGAGAGAUCUCUGAGGAAUUCUUACCGUUAUGGAGUGGAAAUGAUCUUCGUAUCAAAACUAUGAGACUUGUUGGUCGUCAGAAUUUGCAGCUUUACAAGGAUUGGAAGGGCAAUGAACAGGACCUGGCCAGAGAGUUUGAACUGAACAAGGCAAUCGGACUUAAAUAUGGCGCAUGGAAAGCAGGAACAUUGGUCGCGGACGAUGACGGAUUGGUUGCAAAAGCGAUUGAGGAACAAUGGCCUGGUAGCAACAGUGGGACUGGAAAGACGACAGCGGUCAUUGGCAUUAGCUCUGAAGAGAAUUCUGAAGUUUCGACUCCUUUAAAUGAUGAAGAUGUAGAUAUGGAGUAAAAAAGAUGUUUUUUUUUAGACAUAGCUUCAUUGCUUGGAUUCCCAAUAAACAUG